UCUGUUUAAUUGCAGGGUUUUUACUCGAGCAACCGAUAUGUACAACGGAAUAGGGUUACAGACCCCUAGGGGAUCUGGUACGAAUGGGUACAUCCAGAGCAACAAGUUCUUUGUCAAGCCCAAGAUUAGCAAGGUUGCUGAAAACGCCCGUGGAUAUGAAGCUGAUCAGGGUAUCGCAGGUGUUACUAGGAAGCCUAACAAAGAGAUCCUUGAGCAUGACCGCAAACGUCAGAUUCAGCUCAAGCUGGUGGUCCUCGAAGAUAAACUUAUUGAUCAGGGUUACACUGAUGCUGAAAUUGCUGAGAAACUGGAUGAGGCUCGGAAGAAAUUGGAAGCGGAGGCGGCAAGUCAGGAAAGCGAUGGACCUAUACCGCUGUCAGUUGCUGAGAAAAAGUUUUCUGACACACAGACCCACCAAAUUGCUGCUAGAAAGGAAAAGCAAAUGGAAACUUUGAAAGCUGCUCUUGGCAUAACUUCAGCUGAAGUUAAUGAAAUGGAUAUAGAAGAAAUUGAUGAUGCACCACGACCUGGUCGGAAAAAUGGUACUGAUGGGAAUGACAAGCAUCCUCUGAAACAUGAGCAUGCUUUUUUGGAUAGAGAUUUCGCUCGGAAGAAGCAAAUGAUUGAAGGUCAAAAAUUUGAAAAUGAUGGUAAGAAGGACAUCAAAGACUCAAGGCGAAUCAAAAUGGGUGACAGUCGAAUGAGAAAGCAGGAGGAUGAUUCGUCUGAUUCAGAUAGCAGCAGGGAAAUGAAGAGUAGUAGGAGGCAUCACAAAGGAAAGAGGGGGAGUGAUGAUGAAUAUGACUCUGAUAGUGAUUCUAAGAGAAUGGCGAAGGCUUCAAAGAAGAAGAUAUCUAAUCAGCACAAGAGAGGCAAGGGCAGGGAAAGUGAUGAUUCUGAUUCUGUUUCUGAAUCUGGUUCAGAUUCUGACAGUAGUGAUGAUGCAAGAAAAAGAAAGGGCAAAUGUGUUGGAGGAGAGAGAGAAAGUGUACGUGGAAAACAGAAGCAGAGGAAAAGGUAUGAUUCUGAUGAUGACUCUGAUACAGACGGGAAAAGAGAGGACAAAAAUAAAAAGCUCAUACGAGGCAUGAUUCAGAUGAUGAUGAUGAUGAUGUGUUGGAGGAGAAGAGAAAGUGUACAUGGUAAACAGAAGCAGAGGAAAAGGUAUGAUUCUGAUGAUGACUUGGAUACAGACUCUGCAAAGGAAUCGUACUCUUCUACUGAUGAAAGUGACAGUGAUUCUGAUAGCGGUUCUUCUGAUAAGAGAUACAAGAGUUCGAGAAAGAGAGAAACUGUUUCAAGAAAAAGUAGAGACAGUGAGGAGGCAUAUGAAAGAAGUUCUAAUCCAAAUGUUAAAGGAUAUGGUGUGGAAGAGAAAAAAUUCAGAUUUGAUGCUGAAGAUCUUGAAGGAAAAGGAAAAAAUGGCCCAAAUGCUGAUGGCUUGAACUCAUUGAGGAAAUUGUACGGUAAGAAAGAGGAGAGAAGUUUUGUGGAGGGAUCCAAUAGUGCAAGUCAAGAAAUGUUGAGAAGCAAGAGCAAGCUUGAAGAUGAUCGGAGAGAGAGAACAUAUGGGAGGGGGGAUGGUGAUGAUCAUGGAGAAAGGAAAUUCAGAAUGGAUGAUAAUGAUCGUGGGGAAAGGAAAUACAGAAGGGAUGAGUAUGAUCAUGAAGAAAGAAAGCACCAGAGGGAUGAGGAUGAUGUUAGAGAAAGGAGGCACAGAAAGGAUGAGGAUGAUGGUGGAGAAAGAAAGCGUUGGAGGGAUGAUGAUGAUCGUGGAGAGAGGAAUGGCAGAAAGGGGUAGAGAUGGUCAUGAAGAAAGGAAGCGCACAAGGGAUGAUGAUGGUGAUCGAGGAGAAAGAAAACACCAAAGGGAUGAGGAUGAUCGUGAAGAAAGGGAAAGGAAGCGCAGAAGGGAUAGGGAUGAGGACGAACGUGAGAAAGGAAGCGCACAAGGGAUAGGGAUGAGGACGAACGUGAGGAAAGAGCGCACAAGGGAUGAUGAAGGUGAUCGAGGAGAAAGAAAACACCGAAGAGAUGAGGAUGAUCGUGAGGAAAGGAAGCGCAGAAGGGAUGAGGAUGAUCGUGAGGAAAGGAAGCGCCACAGGGAUGAUGUUGACCGUGAGGAAAGGAAGUACCGAAGGGAUGAAACACAUGAUAGGGAAGAUAGAGAACGGGGAAAACGAGGCUAUGAGAGGGAGAGUUAUAGAGAUCACUCCAGGAGAGCCAGGUACUAAGAUUCAUGCAUCAACGAUAUAGUAAGAGGCAUGAAAGUGACGAACAUGAUGAAAUACGGUUGAGGGAUUAAAAUAGUUCGUUGUGCUGCUUUAAUCUUGAAAGCGCUGGGUAGAGGCAAACGAGUAGAUGUAAACACCCCCCCCCCAAAAAAAAUCCCCAUCGCUUUCAACGACCUCUGGCCAACGUUUGUUUCUAUGUUUUUUCUGGAUAAGUGGAACUCGUACUUCAAUUAUGGUAUUUGUAUUAGCAAGCUCGAGCAAGUUUUUGCUUGAAACUGGGGGUCAUGUAUGUCAAGAAGAGCGUCCUUAGAGGGCGAGGUUGAAAGGUC